UCUCUGUUGUUGCAGUGUGCAGAGGAGUGAAUGCCCCAUGUUGUGUUAGUGCCUGUCUGCCAUGCUGGCCUGUCUGCCAGGACCAGGCGACCUCUCCUUUCAGCUUCUUUCUUACACGCAGAUGAACACUGGACUUCAGAAAUGGGACACUACACAGAAAAUGAGAUCUGCACAGUAUCCUACCCCAGCAGAAUUGGAUGCUUAUGCUAAGAAGGUCGCCAACAAUCCCCUGACCAUAAAAAUCUUUCCAAACAGCGUCAAGGUUCCCCAGAGGAAACACAUACGCCGUACUGUGAACGGACUCGAUACUUCAGGCCAGAGGUACAGCCCCUACCCAUCUCAGGCCACCACAAAAACGGGCCUGCUGGCCAUAGUGAAAUCUCCAGCGAAAGGAAUCAUCAAGGACUUUGACGGGACGCGCGCGCGCCUGCUGCCGGAGGCGAUGAUGAACCCCCCCUCCACGCCGUACGUUGCACCAAGCACUUUAUCCCACCCCCAGGCGCUCGCUCGCCAGCAGGCUCUCCAGCAUGCACAGACUUUGCCGCACCCCCAGAGCAUCCCGCAGCACCCUCAGGGUAUUCCACAGCCACCCAGCUUACCGCACCCUCAGGGGAUCCCGCAGGCGCUGCCGCACCCGCAGAACAUGCAGCAGCCGCAGGGCUUGCAGCACCCGCAGAGCAUGGCACACCAGACCCUGCAGCACCCCCCGAACCCGCUGCUGCAGCCGGGUUUACAUGGAGGCAGAAAGAUGCCGGAUGCAGACGCGCCGCCGAAUGUGACCGUGUCUACCUCAACCAUUCCCCUCUCUAUGGCUGCCACCCUGCAGCAGAACCAGCCACCGGACCUGAGCAGCAUUGUGCACCAGAUUAACCAGUUCUGCCAGGCCAGAGCUGGCAUUAGCACUACCUCAGUGUGUGAGGGACAGAUUGCAAACCCCAGCCCUAUAAGUCGCAACCUGCUUAUCAAUGCAAGUACCAGGGUAUCUACUCACAAUGUCCCUACACCCAUGCCUUCCUGUGUGGUGAACCCUGUCGACCACGCUGCUGCUGCUAUUCCUCCUGCCUCUGUUAAUGUGCCCAUGGUCAAUAUUAACAGGGUGCCACCCGCCUACCAGAACGAAAUCAAAUCGGUCGCGUGGAACCAGCACCAGCUUGCACAUCUGCAGCAAAUGUGUGGGGAUGCUGCUGGGCCUGCUGGACUCGCAGGGAAGCACCCUCAGAGAGAGAUUGCAGGGCAGAGUUUCCCUGGUAAAACCUCCAACUACCCUCAAGAACUGUGCAUGGGCCAGUCCUUCAGCUUGAAGCCCCCCAUGGAGAAGCCUACGCCUUCUCCGCCCGUGAACGGGUUGCAGGGACCUUUGCCAUAYACCAAUGGGCACUAUUUCCAGCCCCUCUGGAAUAACAUUCUGCCCACGCCCAACAGUGACAGCUCUGGGUCCCAGGACCUCGCCAUGCCUUUCCACGGGGGACAGCCAGCGGGAGCGCCGCUGGAUUGCGCAGGAGGAACUCAUUUCAGAGCUGGAGCUGGCYCAUCCAGCCAGAAUAAUGUGAUGCAGACCAUGGAUUACCUAAGUGGGGACUUCCAGCAGUCCUGCUUCCGAGACCAGAGCAUGGCUGUGCUGGGAAAAGUCCAUCGGCCUCCCAUGAACCGAGCACCUGAACCAACCGAUAGUCGAAAUCUUCAUAUUCAACACCCAGGGUAUAGAUAGGCUGCAGUCACUUUCACAGACAAAAAAAAAAAAAUUAUAGGUUUUAGUCUUAAUUUUAAUUAAUAAGCAAGGYGUUUUUAACUUGCAAACUUGUGUGAUCAUUAUAGUACCCAUUGGAAGAAGACAUACUGUAUAUUUAAAGAGCUUUGCUUGCAUGUUAUCUCUCUCCUUUAUGCAUCAAAUAUUUAACAUGCCUUUUGUGUCAAAGAAUUUCAUUACACUACUUCACGCCACAGCUGUUUCCUCACCGCAGAGUCCCCUUUGUGCAGCUUUUUUAUUGUUUUUUUUUGCCUUCUGCUGAGCAGCUCCUCGCUGGACUGAGGUUGAGUUGCUGCAGGGUUUCGCAGUUGCAUCUGUUCUCCAGCUCCGGCGAGAGC